AUGAGUUUAGGGCCUGAAUGUUCCACAUGCUAACUGAUAAUGAUUUCAUGUUGCAAAGAGGACCUCUUUCCCUCCCCCCUCUCCCAGAUCACGCGGAUGGAGUUCGUCCACACCAGGAGUCUGAUCUACCGGGACGUGAAGCCAGAGAACUUCCUGGUUGGCCGGCCCGGCAGCAAGCGGCAGCACACAAUCCACAUCAUAGACUUCGGCCUGGCCAAAGAGUACAUUGAUCCUGAGACCAAGAAACACAUCCCUUACAGGGAGCACAAGAGCCUGACUGGCACCGCACGUUACAUGAGCAUCAAUACUCACCUGGGCAAAGAACAAAGCAGGAGAGAUGACCUGGAAGCUCUAGGUCACAUGUUCAUGUACUUCCUGCGAGGCAGUCUGCCCUGGCAAGGCCUGAAGGCAGACACUCUGAAGGAGCGCUAUCAGAAGAUAGGUGACACCAAGAGAGCCACGCCCAUCGAGGUGCUAUGUGAGAGCUUCCCAGAAGAGAUGGCCACCUACCUGCGUUAUGUGCGGCGCCUGGAUUUCUUUGAGAAGCCGGACUACGACUACUUACGCAAACUCUUCACCGACCUCUUCGAUAGCAACGGCUACGUCUUUGAUUACGAGUACGACUGGGUCGGCAAGCCACUGCCCACUCCUAUUGGUCCAGUCCCCAGUGAGCCCCUCCUACAGUCCAGCAGCAGAGACAAGGCAGUGCAGCAGACCAAAAACCAGAUUGCCACUGACAAUGCCACCAGACCCACCAACCGAAUCCAGUCUCAUAACAGCAGCACCAGAACCACCAACCGAAGCCAGUCUCAUAACAGCAGCACCAGACCCACCAACCGAAGCCAGUCUCAUAGCAGCAGCUUGUUCAGUCUCAGCUCACACCAGUGGCUUCUACAGCCGCUUGUGUUUCUUCAUGUCACACGAGUUGUCUUCUGUCAUGCACUCCUCCUCACGUGCACUCUUUUCUUCCCCCAUCACCGCACCGCCCCUCAGUCGCCAGAACCCAAAGGAAGUGAUUCCCAGCCCACUCCAGUGACCAAUAGGGAGCUGCUGGGGUCCCAUCUAGCAGCUGAUAGGCUGGGGGGCUCUGUCCAGGUGUUGAGUUCAACCAAUGGGGAGCUGAAUACAGACGACCCGACGGCGGGCCACUCCAAUGCACCCAUCACUGCCCCGGCCGAGGUGGAGGUGGCCGACGACACUAAGUGCUGCUGUUUCUUUACGAGGAGGAAGAGGAAAGGCCUUCAGAGACACUAGUGAAGAAGAGGAAAGGCCUUCAGAGACACUAGUGAAGAAGAGGAAAGGCCUCCAGAGACACUAGUGAAGAAGAGGAAAGGCCUUCAGAGACACUAGUGAAGAAGAGGAAAGGCCUCCAGAGACACUAGUGAAGAAGAGGAAAGGCCUCCAGAGACACUAGUGAAGAAGAGGAAAGGCCUCCAGAGACACUAGUGAAGAAGAGGAAAGGCCUUCAGAGACACUAGUGAAGAAGAGGAAAGGCCUUCAGAGACACUAGUGAAGAAGAGGAAAGGCCUUCAGAGACACUAGUGAAGAAGAGGAAAGGCCUCCAGAGACACUAGUGAAGAAGAGGAAAGGCCUCCAGAGACACUAGUGAAGAAGAGGAAAGGCCUUCAGAGACACUAGUGAAGAAGAGGAAAGGCCUCCAGAGACACUAGUGAAGAAGAGGAAAGGCCUCCAGAGACACUAGUGAAGAAGAGGAAAGGCCUUCAGAGACACUAGUGAAGAAGAGGAAAGGCCUUCAGAGACACUAGUGAAGAAGAGGAAAGGCCUUCAGAGACACUAGUGAAGAGAAGGAGAAGAAGGAGGAGUUGUUGGAAACCACACUGACAGACUGACAGAGGGAAGGAAGCAGUACUGAAACUGAGCUGAGCCCAGUACUCUACACCCUCCUCUCUGUCUGUCUUACUCUGUAUGUGUUCAGUUAGAGCGCCACCUGUUGACCCUCCUACAGUACUACAACAGACUGGUGACGUGCCGCUACAGACGGACAGGACACAAUGGGACAGAACCAUGACUGUCUGUGCUUGGACCCGUUUUAUAUUAUAAACCUGAAGAAGAAGAUUGUAAGGAAUAAAUGUGUAUAUUUCUAUGAGGAUGGAUGGAUGGAUGGAUGGAUGGAUGGAUGGAUGGAUGGAUGGAUGGAUGGAUGGAUGGACGGACGGAUGGACAAGGCCUGAAGAUGAGCUCAUGAUGGGUGGAUGAAUGGAUAAAUGAAUGAAGAGAGCCAGGAACGACCUGAGAAAUCAUAAAUAAGAGACUAUUAAAAGGACAGAGAUCAAACUGUUGUCUGUGUUCCAUUUUAACGUGCUGAACAUUGACAGAGGAGGACAGACUAAACUGUAACACAACAAUGUGCUCCAUUUACAAAGUCGUUUUUAUUUGUGGGAUCAACAUUAAGAGCCUAGAAGGAACUCCACUCCAGAAUAACAGUGUGUCAUACAGACAGGAACUCCAGAAUAACAGUGUGUCAUACAGACAGGAACUCCAGAAUAACAGUGUGUCAUACAGACAGGAACUCCAGAAUAACAG